AUGGGAAAAGAUUAUGUUAAAUCUGUUUCAAAAGAAAUCGAUAGAUUUAUUGGGUUAAAAUAUGAUAUGCCAAAUAAAGUAGAGGCUAUCACUGAUAGAAUAAGAACAAAUUAUAAGAAGUUUUCUGUUAUUUAUACCACAUUUGCUAUUCUUGCAUUCUUUAUAGCUACUUUAAUUACAAAAGAAUUUUAUGCUGUGUUUAUUGCUUUUACUCUCUUCUGUCUUAUUUCUGUUGUUAUUGGAGAGGUUAAACCAAAAGUUCCAAUUGGAGAUAAAAAAUAUAAAAUUGAAAAAGAAUAUGCAUAUAUCGUCACUGUUUUAAUUACUUUAUGUGUUGCUUGUUACACUAAAACUAUUCCAACUCUUUCAAAAACAACAAUUUUUACAGUUAUUCUUUUAACUGCUCAUUCAAUUUUUGCACAUCUUUCAAUUGUUGAAACUGCUACUCAUUAA